AACCCAUAAUAUGGAAAAUAUAUUGUUCAAUAAAUUUUUUAUUGUUUGCACUCUAAACAAGUUUUUUUUUUUGCGUAUUAUCGUUAUAACUGUUUCAAUUUUCAUUAGCAUGGAGAAAUUCGAUCUUGUGUUAAUACGAGAGCCAAUAAGUAAUACUGAUACAGACAACUAUCAAAGUAUCGAGCAAACAAUUAACAGAUAGACUGAAUCGAUCGAGACAUGCAUGAAGAAUUCUAUAUGCACGAAGAUUUAUAAACCGUAUGCUACAUUAGGUUAUAAAAAAUGAAAAAGACUAAAAUUACAUGCGGGCGCAUAAAUUCAUUUCCUUAAUUUAUUUUAAACUCGAAAGGUUUUAUGUAUUGAUCAUUUAUUGUUACGGAAAAACACAAUCAUGAUCAGAAGUAAUAAUACAACGUAACAAUCAAACUGCGGCACACGCUUAUGGUGAUACUUGACAGUUAAGCAUCAAUGCAAACAAUCGAUCGCACUGCAGAUACCGCGAAUAUAUCGAUCGAGAGAAACACGAACAAUGUUACUACACACAGAAAAUCUAUUAGACUACACACUGUACUAACUUACAAAAGGUAACAAAAUUUCAAAAAGAAACGAACCAUACUAGCUAGAUUCCCAUUCCAUAAUUUGGAUAAAUUUAAAUAAGUCAAACCAUUAAAACUCUCUUACGUACCUUUGGUAUCCAUUUCUCUAUAAAUACUUUCUCAAGGUUGGUCGACAACACCGUGUUACCGCCACACAAACACAUAGCAAUUCACAUAAGUUCAAUACGCUCUCUCUGAUCUCUAAUGGCGGCGGCGGCGGCGGCAGGCAACAACAACGACAUCCGCCUCAACGUGGUGGUGCUGGUCACCGAGACCCGCCCCGACAACGGCGAAGAAGACACCGUGAUGAGGCACCGCGUCUUCACCCUCCCCCACCGCCCGCUGCUCAAGGCUGACACGGCCGUGGCCGUGCUGCGCGACGUGGUGGAGUGGUUUUCGAUCCCGAUGGACCCUUCCAUCGUCGAAAAGGUCGUCGAAUCGGCCCGACACCUCCUCCUCCUCCCCGGGACCAUGUUGACCGAUCUCCCUCCUGAGUUUGGGGAGGGAGCCAACAAUGGCGAACCGCCUUCGACCACGGUUAGGAUCACGGUUGACCAUGGGGUUGUCUCUGUGGAGGGAGAUUUUGACAAGGAGGAGGAGGAGAGUGAUAGUGAUAAUGAUGAUGGUGACGGUGAUGGUGGUGAUGGAAUGGAGGUGGAGGUUAAGGUGGAGGAGGAGGGCGUGAAGAUGGAGUAGAGUGUUGUGCACCAUGUCAUAUUAUGUUGUGUUUGUUUGUGUGUGUGGUUGAAUGAUUCUAAGUUUUAUGUUUUUUUUUUUAUUUGAGUCGUUGUUGUUUUAACUGGUUUUCGUAUCGUGAGUGAACAAUCAAUAAUAAUAAUAAUGAUUUUUUUUUUGGUUUACUCGUCUUUCAAGUGCAUGCUUUAUACUUUUUUUCUUUAGUUAUUGUCGUUUUUCUUAUUAUUCUUGUGCCUCCAAGCAGUCACGAUAUUCAAUUGUAUUAUGAUGAAGAAGGCGAAUGAAUUUGUGCGAAAACAAAAUCACUUACAAUCCAAAUACAACUAUUAAAGAAAUUUAUGCAACACUACCAUCUAAGAACCUCUUUAAGUUCUAACAUCCGAUGACUCAUGACUCAAUUCAUACACAACUGCUACAAUUUCAACCAACUAAUAUCUAACGGUCUUCUGCAUCUUCAUCAGCAGCAACUGCAGUUGCAGCAUCCAAGUGGGCUGCAAGCCCAGCUCGCCUGUCCCUUGGCUGUGGCCUGCGGGUGGAUUCGGCCCAUGUUCCAUAGCAAUUCUAGGGCCGAAUAUUUCUUCAGACUGGAUCACAUUUCCCCACGGACAACAGUCAACAAGUCUGAUUUUUUUUUUUUUUGUGGCCUUAAAUUAGUCUCUCAAUGAUCAAUUACUUUGAACCAAGACAAGAUGUAUGCAGACAGUUUGUUGAAUCAGAUUCAGAGAUAGGGUUAGUAAUUCUGCUCAAAUCCAUGGGGUUGUAUUUCUACCGAUAUUCAGUUUGGUACAUAAAUUUCCACUUUUUUUAUCAUUCAAUACCUAAACUUAGAAAUUUUUUCAAAUCAGUCCAAGAAAUAUCGAUACAAAUUAUAUUAGAGUACCUACAUUUUUUGCUUGAACAUAAUACCUAAACUUUUGAAAUUUUACAAAUAGGUCCCAAUUAUAUAUGUAUAGUUAAGACUAUCUAAAAAAAUAGACAUUCAUACCCAACCAAUACUCAUUCACAUUAUAAAAGUAAUAUUCAUAUCUUACCAAAACCCAUCUAUAAAAAUUCAAACUCGUAUAUAAUUUCACCCAUAAUUAAUAUGUUUACUUGGA